AGACAUAAAGUAUAUAUACAUGUAUACAAAAUAUGUUUGUUACUUUUGCAAUUGUAACACUUCCUAUAAAAUAAACAGACAAAAAUUGCAUUAGUUGAAAUACAUAUAUGUACGGUCAAUCACAGAAUCGACGAAAUCGAUGAUAGUAGAGUAUCUCUGGCCUUAAAUACAUGGAACAUUAGUUAAAUGAAAUUUCCACAAUGUAAGUAAUAUGUCAUUAACACACACACAUACACACAGCUAAAGAAAGCUGAACUUAUGUCUUCUUGCACUGUCUAAAUGACUUAAUAGUAAUCCUGCGAUUUACAGAUGUUGAUAAUGAGUAUCUAUAUAUUUGUGAUUAAUGCAUGCGAUGUAUCUAAGAAUGAACAAAAUAUCAAUGACUGAUGAAGAAUAUAAGUAAUCUAAUAAAAAAAAUUUGAAUGCAUUUGAGGAUAGCUGCAGCAAUAUUUUUAUUAGGAUAAGACGUUACUGUUGACAAAGAUUUAUUGAAGACGGUGUACAUCAUAUGAAGGAUGAUAGACAAAACGAGAAGAUAUACUUGACGAAAGGGAAAAGGAUUGGAUGUAUUAAGCACAUAAUACUGAAAUAGUGAAAAGAGAAAUUACAUAGGCGAGGCGAGAGGAAAGUCGUAAAACACUCUGGUGAUUGCCCUACCACCUUCUACCCCUUGAGGAAUCGCUAUAUAUUUUCAUUUCGCAGUCAAAUGCGAAGCCUCAAUGACCGCCAAUGAUGGUCUGUAUUAGGAAGCGGUUCUUCAACUCAAAUCGGCUACUUUUGGCCCCUUUCGGCUUGUGGCCAGGUAUGUCAAUACUUCAUUAGGAUACCUACAUGAAAAUAACGUCGGAGAUAGAUCAAAAGUGAUCAAUCUAAUGACGUUAAAAUGACGGACUAAUGUCAUGGAUAGAUUAUACCUCAAAUCAUUAAAAAGACGUAACAUGGCGAUACGUGACUUUUUAAGGAAGUUUUAAUGACAUUUGAAUAAUAAUUUUAAUUAUGGAAAUUUAAAAAAUGUAAAACUAAAAUUACAAAAGAACGAAACAACAUUUAUAUAUACAUUAUCUGUGAUGUACGACCUACUAGAAACAUCAUUGAAAUAUAAUCAUACUGGAAGGAGCAUCUUCUGUAUUCUCGUGCGGUCAGAGCUGUGUGAGCGAGAUAGUUAGGCUGAGCUCGUGUCAUUCUUAGAAAGCCUCUGAUUGAUUGAAAGUAUUUAAGCUCCAUAGGUCGAUAUUUUGAAGUGGGAAGAGAUUAAAAGCGUGAUUUCCAUUUGGCUCAGAGGCUCUCUAGCAAGUAUUUUCCACACCAACUUCUAUUUGAUCAAUGGAGAUUAUUAAUAAAUGUAACAAGACUUUCCUAUUUUUAAUUCGAUGGAUCGUCAAUGGAUCGCACACUUUAUUUCUCACACACUACACACACACACACACACACACACACACACGAGAACAAGUCGGAACUAAUGUUUUCAAUCAUGGCAGUUUACACUAAAAAGAGACAACACUGUCCCAACUAUCUCUAACUAUCACUCUCUCUCUCUCUCUCUCUCUCUCUCUCUCUCUCUCUCUCUCUCUCUCUCUCUCUGACUGGCUCUCGGUACCGUGGAGUACGGCAGUGUUCUUUCCAGUAUGGUUAUAUUUCAAUGAGAAACAUUUGACAUAACUGGACCAGUACUUACCAGUUUGACUGACGUCAUUUUAGCUUUGAAAAAAAGAAGCUGCCAUAAAUCCUUGUAUGUGACAAUGUCCUUUCAAACUUUGCGCAUAAAAUAUUAUAUGGCAUAAAAUUAUUAACACGAAUAGAUGAAAUAUUUAUUCGAUCAACUGCAAUACAUCUACGACCGGCUAAAGGAUAGAAACGAAAUUGCUAUCUAUGAUAAAUAUGGAUACAUUGGAAAUCAUAUUACGACUACAAUAAUAACACUUGUUGUAUGCGGCCUAUGUGGUACUUCUGUCAUAUUAUAUUAUUGGCCGUUCAUAUUUGACAUAAUUGUAUCAAAAAAUGAGUCUUAUGCAAUUCAUACGAUGCAAUUUGUGUCCGAAUAUUUUAAUGUCUCAGAGAAGUAUUGUGUUUUACUUUUUAUGCAUUGGACCGCAAGUGGUACUAUAGGGUUAAUUGCAUUUACAGGGGCGGGAACAAUGGUACUUUCGUAUUUCCAGCAUAUCUGUGGUAUGUUUGAAAUUGCCAGCUAUCGCAUUGAGCAAGCAAUGGCGAUCGAAUUGUUACAUAACUUUCAUAUAAAGAAUGGGAUUGUAAUAUGCAGAAAGAUGAUAUGUGCCAUAGAUAUACAACGCCAAGCUAUGGAACUCGCUACCCAUUUCAUAACUAGUAUGGAAGGACCAGUUUUCGUUAUGGUAAUAACUACUGUGCUUAGCAUGACUUGCAAUCUUUUUCGACUAUUUCAAAUAGAAUCACCUAUGGAAAGGAUGAUCGAGAUUUUAUUUCACCUUUGGGCUGUAUUUUUCAUUCUGGUAAUCCUGUUCCUAGCCAAUUAUGUUGGGCAAGAAGUUAUAGAUCAUAGUAAUCACGUAUAUAUAAUUACAUACAACGUUUCAUGGUACUUAGCACCGUUACACAUACAGAAACUAAUACUGUUUCUAUUAGAAAGGAGCCACAAAAUUUUCACCCUGAGUGCCGGUGGAUUAUUUACAGCAUCUAUAGAAUGUUUUGUUACACUGGUUAAAGUAUCAAUGUCCUACUUCACCUUCAUGUACUCGAUACAAUAAUAACAAGCAGAUUGCUUGUUUGAAAGUAUAUUGGAAUAGAUAAAAGCACACGUACAUUUACAAAAUAUGUUUGUUUCUUUUGCAAUUGUUACACUUCCUAUAAAAUAAACAGACAAAAAUUGCAUUAGUUGAAAUACAUAUAUGUACGGUCAAUCACAGAAUCGACGAAAUCGAUGACAAUAGAGUAUCUCUGGCCUUAACUACAUGGGACAUUAUUAAAAUGAAAUUUUCACUAUAUUUUGAUAAAGAGUAUUCGUGCAUUCGUGAUUAAUGCAUACAAUUAAGAAAAAACAGGAUAUCAAUGACUGAUGAAGAAUAUAAUUAAUCUAAUAAAGAAAAUUUGAAUGCAUUUGGGGAUGAUGACUGCUGCAAUAUUGUUAUUAGUAGGAGAAGAAGUUACAUUGUUAGCAAAGAUUUAUUAAAGAAGAUGUACAUGAUAUGAAGAAUGAUAGACAAAACGAGAAGAUGUACUUGAUAAAAAAAAAAGAACGGAUGGAAUAAGAUUGAGCAUAUAAUACUGGAACAGUGAAAAGAGGAAGAGUGGAACAGUGGAAAAAUGCUAUAUGCUGUUUGAGACUCAACCUUUUUCGAGUAAAUCUCUCUAAUAUCAUUCUUUGAUGAUAUUAUGCGUCCUAAGUUAUAAUAUACGUUUAAUGGAUCUAAGCUAACACUGGUUCACCUAUAGAAACUAAUAUUAUUUUUGUUAGAAAGAGGCAGUGUACCAUGUAUUCUCUUUCCCUUUUAUUGUUAUGUCAAGAAUACAGUAAAAAUAAGUUAUAUAAGUUAAAAAUAAGUUGUAAAAAAUAUGUAUAAUCUUUGUAUUUCUUCCCAAAUCAUUUAAAAAGUUGUCUAUACAAAAUCGUAAACAAAAUAAAAAUAUUCGUUGACAUGCGUA